AUGUCAUUGAUCGCUCGUGUCAGUGUGACAUCCCCCGCCGAUUUCCAGUUCCUCUUGACCAUCCACCAUCUUCCGGACCGUUCACUCCAUCAACCUAAAUAUUUAUUUAAAUAUUUACACAACUCAUCAGAACUCAUCCCAACCGGACCGACUGACCACCAACAUAACUCCACCAUGGCAUCAACGGCACUCCAAUUAAGCUCGGAGGAACGAUUGGCGUAUCCCUAUCUAUUCUCGAAAGCUGACACAGACCAGAUAGGUGUCCUCGUCGGGGAGAAAGCCGUAGCAUUUUUUGCCCAUUCCAACCUACCUCCAACAAUCCUCGGUGAAAUAUGGCAGCUAGCCGAUCAAGAUAACGCUGGAUUCCUAACUCGUCAACAGUUUGAUAUCGCGCUGAGAUUGAUCGGCAAAGCUCAAAGGGGUUUACCUGUCAACGAACAAGCAAUCUCCUCACCCGGUCCGUUAUGUGUCCUCAAAGGUUUCUCUAUCCCCGGUCUCCCCAAUCCUUCAACUCCUGCAUCUCGCCCACCGAAUAGCACCCCACUUGGAAUCUCGGAACCCGUCCAAGAUCCAUUGUAUACUAUUGGUAACGAAGACAAGCUAAAAUAUAGCUCCAUGUUCAUCAAGGCCGGUCCUAGAGACGGAUUACUCGAUGGUGACAAGGCUCGCGAUAUUUUCAUCCGAAGUAAGCUGUCGUUUGACAAGCUGGGUCAAAUUUGGACCCUAGCAGACACUCAAUCGCGUGGGGCAUUAUCGGUUAGCGAUUUUUGCAUUGCGAUGCAUCUCAUUCAACUUGCCAUGUCUGGGCGCCUGUCGACUUUUCCGGCCAGCCUUCCAUCUGCCCUACUAGAUUCAGCAACUGCACCCGUUGCGGGUGCUGCCCUGCCGAUCUCUCGUCAAGUCACCGGCCAACCCCCGCCAAUUCCAGGAUCUCUUUCAAACUCUAGUCCACUCAGACAAUCAUCAACUGGAAGUAUGAUCAGGCCUCAGUACACCGGGCGCUCAGCCUCUGGUGCCCCUUCGGCCUUACCAAGUGGAAUCAGUAGUAUCAUAAGCUCCCCAACUGCGUUAGCCUGGGAUAUUUCUUCUACUGAAUUGGCUCAGAGUAAUAUCUAUUUUGAUUCUCUAGAUACCAAUCGUCUAGGUUAUAUUACUGGUGAUCGUGCAGUGCCAUUUAUGAUGGAGAGUAAACUUCCGGGUGAAAUAUUGGCUCGGAUUUGGGAUCUCGCAGAUAUCAGGGGUGAAGGGAAAUUGAACAGGGAGGAAUUUGCGGUGGCGAUGCGACUAAUUCAAGAUACGUUGGCUGGUGGAGCCGAGAGCCUCACGGCCAAACUUGCCCCGGGCAUGGUUCCGCCUUCGUUGAGAGAGCCCGUUGGACUACCGGUGAUCCCAGAAACCACAACCACGCAGCAGGAUCUAUUGUCUUUGCUUGAUGACCCACCGAAUGCCACUCCAGCCCCACAAACCGUGGAAGACGCCAAAAGCAAACUUGGUGCCCCGCCCAAUCAGCAACCUGUCGUGCCUGUUCAACUCACCGGUACCCGGGCGAUGGCUCCCGCUGCCACGGUGGCCUCGUCUUCGUCUUUCUCCCAAAGUGGCAUUGCAGCUCAAACAACAGGUCAAUUCGGUCAAUCAAGAUCUUCUCGCGGCUUUGGAGAUGACGACGGCGCAAAAUUAGGAAAUCUUGUGAAUCAGUUGUCAUCGACUGAGAACGCGCUGUCCACUUUGCGUGAUGAGCGAUCUCGACUAGAAACCGAGACUGGAAGUACAAUUGAACAAAUCAAGAUUCUGGAACUGAAACUGUCGACCGCACGACAAGCUCAUCAAUCCGAAUUACCUCUAGUUGAGGAGUUGAGAAGAAAGCAGGUCGAGCAGCGAUUAGCCAUUAGCAAGUUGACAGGGGACGUCAUUACUGCCGAAUCAGAGCUUUCGAGUUUGAAAUUAGAGAAAGAACAAAUCGAAGGUAAUAUCUUGCGCGAUAAGGAAGAAGUUCGCGAGAUGAAAAAGCGGAUGACUCAGCUCGAAGAAGAAACUCAACGACUUAAAUCAAAUCUAGAGACGCUGAAGAAAGACUCGAGACUGCAAAAAGGUCUGAUAGCCAUUGGCAAGAAGCAAGUGUUGACAGUUGAAGGCCAAAAGGCUGAUAUUUCCAAGGAGAUGGAUGACUUGACGCAGCAAAUUCAUUCGACCGCCUUACCUCCUCAAGGUUCUCGAGCGUCUAGUCCAGGCGUACCUCUACAGACGGUUCCUUCGCACAAGAGCACCAACCCUUUUGAGCGGAUGAUGCCAGCAGCGUCCCUCACACCCCAAGUUCCCGCCAUUCAUUCUCCUGAGCCAUCUAGCUCACGCGACUUGAGUCAGCCUUCGCAUGGUAGCGCCACUCAUCUUGCAGUCAGUACCGACCCGUUUUUAGGAGGUUCCGAUGACACUGCGCCACCAGGGACCACCUCAUCUCCCAACACACUUAGUUUUGGAGAUGCUUUUGGUCUCGACGAUUCCAAAGCAGAUGAUAAUCAAUCUUGGGCUGAUAACCUGGGAUUCCAUGAUGCGCUUGAAACGACUUCUCCUGCUCCUUCAACAGCUGCUACAUUUGCCCCUGUAGUGGCUCAACAUUCUCCAGAGACUAAGACAGAAGAUGCAGAUUCCACGAAAGAUGAUUCUGAUGAAUCUUCGGAUGAAGAUGAGAUUGAAGAUCCUAUCGCUCGCCAUUUAUCUCCCGCAGCGCGACCUGGAAAAGCACCCAGCUUUUCCAGCGGCAAGUUUCCGGCAUUGGAAGACGUGGAAGCAUCGAUUGAACCCAAGGUGGGCGUCCCCACAUCCAUCCCAUCUCGAAAUGAAGCGCAACAGGACGAGAUGGCAGAAAUAUCAUCAGCGAAAGAUGGAGCACGCUCGGCCCCUGGCCCGGGCGGAGCUACACCAGCGCCAACCGAUAGCGUGUCGCCAGUCAAAUCAUCGGACCCUAUCGAUAAAACGACCGAACAGACCAAACAGAACAAACCGUCGAUCACUUUUGGUGAGGAUCUGGAAGUUUCGGAUUUUGUUGCCGACUUUGGAUUAGUUGGCGGCCCGGUGUCUUCGUCGUCGACAGUCGGUGCAACUCUUGAAGAUUUCGACAGUGCUUUCGAGAACCUUCCUUCGCCAGGGCUACAAGGAGGACCAGACAAGCUUGCCCGAAAUGGAGACCAACCAAAGCCCGGGAAUGAUAAUCCGACGGGAACGACUGCCACGACCAGCAUGGGUUUUGACGACGGAUUCGACGACGCGUUCGUUGUGAUGGACGCGCAGAGUUCCAAAAAGGAACAGGACAGUCCUCUGGGCUUUGACGAAUCCUUCUCAGACUUCGACAAGCUCUUAGCCAGUGGACAUGCGGCACCGAAUCCCAGCAGCGGCGAUAAUCAGAAAGGGCAGAAGAAGCAACAGGAGGAUCCGUUUGGCUCUCCAGCGUCAUCCUCGCCGACCGAGCCGCCCCCACUGCCGACCAGGCCGCUCAACGCGUCCUCCUUCACUACCACUACUGAUGCCAUGACUCCUACUCCUGCCGCUGUUCCUCCGAAACAGGUACCGGAAGACGCGGCAACUAAGAACGAACCUGCUAAGCCAACCGAUAGCGAUGCUGUUAAACAGAUCUGUGCCAUGGGCUUCGAUCGCAAGGUCGUCAUUCAGGCCCUCGAAAGAGACGAUUGGGACAUGGAUCGCGCAUUGAAUCAUUUGCUUGGAACUUGA